GGAUCACGAACGUCAUGACGACAUCGACGUGCGACGCCAGAGCGCAGAGAGAGGUUUUACACGAAGAGACGAAGAACGAUGACAACAAGUUUAACAGAAGCUUUAAAAAGACACUUUGGGUUUGAGAAAUUUCGCUCGAAGACACAGGAAGAUGUCGUCAAUGCGGUCAUCAGAGGUGACAAGGAUGUGUUCGUGUGCAUGCCGACUGGAGCAGGAAAGUCGAUCUGCUACCAGCUGCCUGCUGUGCUGGCUGAAGGAAUUACUCUGGUUAUAUCUCCUCUAAUCGCUCUCAUUCAGGACCAAGUAGACCGCCUGAAGAGUCUGAACAUCCCCGCCUGCUCCAUCAACUCCAAGCUUCCUGUGGGCGAGCGACGCCUCAUCCUGGCUGAUUUAGGGAGCAGCAGCCCCAAGCUGAAGCUGCUCUACAUCACUCCAGAAAUGGUGGCCUCUCCCUCCUUCCAGCCCUGUCUCACAGACCUGUGUUCCCGUGGCCUCCUGUCUUACCUGGCCGUGGACGAGGCUCACUGUGUCUCCCAGUGGGGACACGAUUUCAGGCCUGACUACCUCAAACUGGGCGAGCUGCGUGCCCGCUUGGCGGGGGUUCCCUGUUUGGCCCUGACUGCCACGGCGCCGAAGAAUGUACUGGAGGACAUUAUUAAAUCCCUGAGGCUGCGAUCACCGCUGUCUUUCGUCACACCUGUCUUCCGGAGUAACUUGAACUAUGAUGUGAUCUUCAGGGAGAUGCUGCCAAACCCCUACGCUCACCUUCACGCCUUUAUUACGAAGGCACUGGAUGACAGCACUAAUGGACAGGGUUGUGGGAUUGUGUACUGUCGGACCAGAGACGGCUGUGAAACCGUGGCGCACCAGCUGACCAAGCUCGGAGUGUUGUCCAAGCCUUAUCAUGCAGGUCUGAAGACGGCAGAUCGAACAGAAGCUCAGAAUGAGUGGAUGCAGGGGAAAGUGCCGGUUAUUGUAGCCACCAUCAGCUUUGGUAUGGGAGUAGACAAGGCCAAUGUCAGGUUUGUCGCUCAUUGGAACCUGGCAAAGUCCCUGGCCAGUUAUUACCAAGAGUCCGGGCGAGCUGGACGAGACGGGCUGCCCUCCUCCUGUCGCACCUACUACUCACCGAAAGAUAAGGAGCAGCUCAACUUUCUCAUUCGCAAGGAAGUCGGACGCAAACAGGCGAAACGGGGCGCGGAAAAGGAGAGUGACAAAACAGCCAUUACAGACUUUGACGCCAUGGUGUCGUUCUGCAUGCAGGAAGCUUGCCGCCACGCCACCAUCUCCAAGUUCUUCGGGGACAAGACGCCGAACUGUGCCGGCGCCUGCGACUUCUGUCGAAACCCCAAACUCGUGCGAGCUCAGCUGGAGCGAGCGGCGACACUCAGCACCAAGACCGAAGCGGCGAGCCAAGAGCCCAGAGGAGCGUUCGGGUUCCAGAAGGGGCUGUACGAGGGAGGGAGGAAGGGCUACGGCUUCGAAAGGUAUGAUGAAGCCGACGGCGACAGCGGUGAGGAUGACGGCUCGCAGAGGAAAAAGGAGUUUUCUAAUCUCUUUAAGAAGCAGAUGAACCUGCGGAAGGCAUCAAACAGUCAGAGAGAAGGCUUUAUUCCCCCAGAAAAUGGCUGUCCGCUCAGAGAGGCCUGCAGCCAGAGGAUCCCCAGACUCACAGUGAAGGCCAGGGAGCACUGCCUGUCCCUGCUGCAGGAGGCGUUAUACGACCACCAGAGGGCAGAAGACCCCUUCAUCGGUGACACUCAGUCUCUGGCCGUGGAUAUUGAACAUGAAAUCUUCAAGAGCCACAAAUCGUCCAACUUGUACAAAGCCGCCGUUCUAAAGAGGGUUUCCGAGAUGAAGAAAACAGCUCCUGCUUCAGCUGGAGGAGAGAGAGGAGACGGUGAGAGGACUACAAGUGAAUCUGACAAAGAAACUGAAAUGUGCCCCUCUUCUUCCUCCGUCUCUGAGGAGCUGCAGGGGUUCACAUCUGCAUCAGAGAUCUACUCAAUGAAGCGUAAAAGAGUUGGAGCAGGUCAGAGAGGCUUGUCCAACCCCUACCUAUGUGCCAAGGAUCUGCUGAAUUCCUCCAUGCUGGACAGUGAGUCCAACAAGGGGACGGAGGGCGGCGGAAGAGAUACAAACACGGACGCGUCUUUAGCUAUGACAUCGUCCAUCAGAGCCCGAGCAAACGCCGCCGCCUCUCUGAACAGCCCGACAAAAGGCGGACGAGCCAUGAGCAAGAAGCAGCAAAAACUGGCAGAAGCAGCGAAGAGUUCGCGCAACAUUUUCCAGUACUUCACAAAGAAAGAGGCAACAGAAGACAGGCAGGAGGAGGAGGAGGAGGAGGAGGAGGAGGAGGAGCCUGUCAACGGACUUGACGUUACAUCAGCUGAUGCCGAAGCUGUGGUUGCUGAAGAACGCACUUACCAGGAGGACGAGAUCAGUCCUGAGGAAGCCGAUGUUUAUGAGGUGUUACAAGAGGAAAGAAAGGAAGAAAUAAUCGUCAUCAAGGAUGAUGAUGAGGUUGAAACUGAGGACACUGAGAUCCAACAGCAGGAACAGAACCUGGAGCAGAAACAAGAACAGGACCUGGAUCUGGAGCAGGUUCAGGACACAUUUGAGGAGUCUGCUGCAGGACAAAACAAACCAGAAGAAGCUGCUAAAUCACCUCUGAUAACGGAGUUGCCGGGCAACGCAAAAGCAAACAACGAGCUCUCUCCUCCAGCGAAGCGCAGACGCCCCGCAGACGGCCGUAGCAAAAGAGUAACGUUCAACCCCGACGUGCUGGAGAGGGACCUGCACCCGGUGAGCAAGUGCCCUCCGCCCGUCACGCUGAAGGAAGCAGCUGAUAUCGUGGUCAGAUAUCUGAACCCCUCUUACAUCAAGGGCAAGUUUGCAACCAAGGAGCUGUUUAAGUCCUUUGCUCGCUACUUGUCUCACCUUCUCACAGAGGGGAGGAGUCUGGGUAAAAGCCAAGUUGAAGCAGAAGCCAAAGCUCUCAUCAAGACGUUCUUCAGCGGAGUGAAGCGCUGCGAGAGCGAGCUCGACUGGAAGCACCUUACAUGAGCACACAGCUGUGACGCCAGAGAACGAGGAAGGAUGGGAAGGGAAAUAAAGCCAUUUUUUUUUUUAAAAAGGUCAAAACCCUUCCUCUUUGACUUUGCCCUAUGAGCUUCCCUUUUUCCCCCGGUGAUCUCAGGCUUCAACUCAGACUACACAUGUGUACAGUUUAUUAGCUGCUGGAGUUCUGCUUUUUCUAUGUCAAUUAUUAAACAUUAUCACUUGGGACUGUUAAAAAAAAGAAGCUAUAUUUUUCAGCACAUAAACUAAUGACUGUUUAUGUGAUCUUACAGUUUGUCUUUGUUUGUUUCGCUAUAGUUUGGGGGCUGGGCUCAAGAAAAGCUGCACUUUUCUAUUCUUCAUGUCAAUCUUCCCUUGAACCUAAAAGACAACAUGAGCGGGCUAGUUUUGAUCCUGGGUUGAAAAAUAGUUGAAAAUCAAAAGCCACUUGGAAUGACUUAAAAUGUCAGCAUUCUAACUGUCCAUGUGUACCAUCUUAGCUUGGAGUUUUAGCAUAAGAGAUGUCCCAAUGCCUUUUAUGUUACACACAUUAUGUGGAUGGACAACACAUCGCUGGCAUUUGCAUUGAAAACAUUGUAAAAAAAAAAAGAGUUUAAACAUUAAAAAACUCUGGUACAUGUUUGAAAAGGUUGUUCUGACAUACAACUGAAAGUGUCAGAUUAAAGUUUAACUGCUGAUUCAUUUUGAUAUUUGCUGCUACUAAAAUAGACAUGAGUGAAAGAUUCUGUAAAUCGGUUCUUGUGUUUCCUUUUUUUUUUUUUUUGUAAAAUGAACUAAAGUCUGUUUGUUGGGUAGUAUGUGUCUGGUGCUUUAUUUAAGAACAUGGAUUUAAACAGAGCAGUUAAAUCAGUGCCUGUCGGGCCUGUGAGAGGCUUUUUGUCUCUGGAUGAAACCAGAAUACAGAGAUGUGUCUGAACCAGAGACUGUGAACAGUAUUUUCAGUCUCUGGUGUGAACAGCACACUUUACAAUAAAGUCUCUGAACAGAC